AUCAAAUUAUACAAACUACACUAGCAGAACACCUGCACUUACCAGACAAAGAGGAGGCAAUUCACCAGGUGAUAAACAUGCUUUUGAUAGCAGUUUAGAUUCGAAUUUAGUUACCUCUAAGAAGAUCAAACCUGAUAAAGAAAAUGUGAAUGUCAAGGAAGUUGUUAGUGAUGAUGUUAUACAAACGACUUAUCUGCAUAUCAACAAUUUAUAG